AUGGCUGCCGCAGCACGCACCCUCACGAGAGCUUUUGCUCGAGCUACCCCCGCGACCUCUUCCGCAAAGUCCUCGGUAACACGUAGCUCUCUCCGCUUCACCACUCCCGCCUACGCUUUCCGCGCGUCUUCGCGUCGAGGAUACUCUUCCGGCGCUGAAGGCAAGAAGUCGCCGUCCGGGCUCCUUUGGUCUCUCGCUGCUGUUGCUGCUGGUGGUGCUGGUGCUUUCUACUAUUUGGGCGGUAACCAGCUGUCCAACUCGGCAAAGCCGACCGUUAUCACCGACCCAACCAAGGAGGACUUCCAGAAAGUUUAUGACGAAAUCGCACGUCUUCUCAUUGAGAAGGAUGACUAUGAUGAUGGAAGCUAUGGACCGGUGCUUGUUCGUUUGGCGUGGCAUGCUAGCGGUACCUACGACAAGGAAACCGGGACUGGAGGAAGCAACGGCGCUACCAUGCGUUUCGCUCCCGAGUCGGAUCACGGAGCCAAUGCUGGCUUGAAGGCCGCGAGAGAUUUCCUUGAGCCUGUUAAACGGACAUUUGCGGUUGCAUUUACUAAUAGUCGCAAUUUCCCCUCUUUAGAGAAAUUCCCCUGGAUUACCUAUUCCGAUCUGUGGACGCUUGCUGGUGCCUGUGCCAUUCAAGAGCUUGGUGGACCUACCAUCCCAUGGCGCCCCGGCCGUAAGGAUUCCGAUAUGUCUGCCUGCACGCCCGAUGGCCGCCUUCCCGACGCGUCCAAGGACCAGAAGCACAUCAGAGCCAUUUUCGGCCGCAUGGGUUUCGAUGAUCGCGAGAUGGUCGCACUUUCUGGCGCUCACGCUCUUGGACGUGCCCACUCUGACCGAUCUGGAUAUGACGGACCCUGGGACUUCAGCCCUACGGUUUUCACCAAUGACUUCUUCAAGCUCCUUCUUGAUGAGAAGUGGGUUCAGAGAAAGUGGAACGGCCCCAAGCAGUUCACCGACAACAGCACCAAGACCUUGAUGAUGCUGCCAACCGAUAUGGCUUUGGUGAAGGACAAAGAAUUCAAGAAGCACGUUGAACGAUACGCCAAGGACAGCGAUGUCUUCUUCAAGGAGUUCUCGGAAGUGUUUGUCAAGCUUCUCGAGCUUGGCGUGCCUUUCGCCUCCAAGGCUGAAGACCGCUAUGUUUUCAAGGCCAGCGAAUAG